UAUGGCCCCCCUCAGCAUGUCCCUGGGCCUUACCAAGGCUCAGGGAACUAUGGCUUCCAGGCACAGCCCAUGGGAGUCCCAGGUGGAUUUGCUGUUCCACCUGUCCAGAACCAGCCCGUCAUGAUGCAGGGGCCAAUCUGGAUGCCUAUCCCUCCUCCUAUUCCCAACUGCCCUCCUGGACUGGAAUACCUCACACAGAUUGACCAGAUAUUAAUUCAUCAGCAGCUUGAACUUCUUGAGAUUUUGGUUGGUUUUGAAACAAGCAACAAAUAUGAAAUCAAGAAUGCACUGGGGCAAAGGGUGUACUUUGCAGCAGAGGACACUGACUGCCUUACCAGGGUUUGCUGUGGACCUUCACGACCCUUCACCAUCCGGAUUAUAGACAACCUGGGCCAUGAGGUGAUAACACUGCAGAGACCUCUCCGCUGUUCUUCAUGCUGCUGUCCCUGCUGUUUACAGGAGGUGGAAGUUCAGGCACCUCCAGGAACAACAGUUGGUUAUGUUGUCCAGAACUGGCAUGCCUGCUUGCCAAGGUUUACCGUUCAAGAUGAGAGAAGAAUGGAUGUACUGAAAAUUACUGGCCCAUGUGUUGUCUGCAGCUGUUGUGAGGAUGUUAAUUUUGAGGUGAAGACUUUGGAUGAGACUGCUACUAUUGGGAAGAUUUCUAAGCAGUGGACUGGGUUUGUGAAAGAAGCCUUUACAGAUGCAGAUAACUUUGGAAUCAAAUUUCCAAUGGACCUGGAUGUGAAAAUAAAAGCUGUCAUGAUUGGUGCUUGCUUCCUUAUUGACUUCAUGUUUUUUGAGCAUGGUAGUGAUAAACAGCAGCGAACAGGAGUUUGGCAGUGA